UAUUCAACUAUUAUUGUUAACUUUUAUUGUUUUAUUAUAGAAAUUAUUAUUUCUUCACAUUUAAUAUAAUUUGUGUAUUUAUUUGUUAUUUUUAAUAGUCGUGUAAAGUUAAUAUAAGUAAGUUUAAAACUGUCGGUUUAAGUAAAUUACUGAAUGCCAAGAGUUUAAUUUCUGUUCAAACCAGGAUGCUAAAUUUGAUUGUAUGGUUAUGUGUCACAUCAGUUUUGGGAACUUCCAAAAGUUGUAACGUUGAAAUUGAUAAUGACCUUGUUAUUUAUUGCGGAGACGGUCCUGAUUCAAAUAACAUAUACUAUGACAAGUGUGCUCCCGAAGUGACCUGCAUAGAAAAUGCUAUUUACAGGACAGCAAAUGGCUCAUGCAAUAACUUAAUGAACCCGCUGUGGGGAUCGUCGGUAACUCCGUAUAUCCGACUUUACGACGCUGAUUAUAACGACGGUGAUCAUGAAGUUCGAAAACAAGUUGACGGAUCGCUGUUGCCCAGACCACGAAAAGUACAAUUGUUAUUAUUUUUUGAACCUCGUGAUUUACCAGACUCCAAUAAUUUUCAUCUAAGUCAAUAUGGUCAAUGGAUCACUCAUGACAUCAGUCUCCUGUCACCAGAUUUUUCAGGACCACCAAUAUGUUGUGCCAUUCCAAUUAAUGAGAUAAACAACAAUAGUCCAUACCAAUGUCAAUUAGUUAUUGAGGUACCUCUGAAUGACCCAGUUCAUGGUGGUAAUCAAACAUGUAUGGAAUUUAGACGUGCAAUGACUGCUGCCAAUAAUUUCAACUGUUCAAUAACUCCUCAAAUUCCAAUGAAUCAGGCGACAUCGUUCAUUGACUCUUCACAAUUGUACGGACACCAAUCAGCUAAGGCAAAUUCGAUUAGAACGUUUAAUGGUGGGAAAUUGAUAACAGAUAUCGUAGAUGAAAAUCAGUUUUGUCCUCUAAGAAAAAGAAAAGGAUCAUUACUAUGCGAUGGGCGGGUUAACGUCGGUUAUUGUUUUGAAGCCGGAGACCCAAGAAUAAAUCAACACUUUGGGAUUACAUCGUAUACUAUUAUGUUUACCCGGUUUCAUAACGUUGUGGCUGAUUUGUUACAAAACAUAAAUCCUCAAUGGAGUGAUGAAGUGUUAUAUCAAGAAACUCGAAAAUUCAUUGGUGCACUAAACCAAAUAAUUACUUAUCGGGAUUACUUGCCUAUUUUACUUGGUGAAUCAUACACAAACAGCGUUGGCUUAAGUCUUUCUAAUUUUAAAAGGACAAACUACAAUCCCUUACUCAUGCCGCAAUUGUCUAUAGAAUUUGCAGCUGGUGCUUUUCGAGUGCCACAUAAUACUGUGGCUUCUAUAUAUAAUUACAUAAACAAUAACUAUGAUACAGUAGAUACAGCCAAACUUAACGAAUGGAUGUCCAAACCUGAUCCCUUAUUAAAGGGCUCAAAUCUUGACGAUUUAGUCAGAGGCAUGACGAUAACACCGGGUCGUUAUUAUUCCCCGUCGUAUAACUAUCUAAUAUCAAAUUUCAUGUUCCAUGGUCAAAUCACUGGAGAUCAAGAUUUGCUGUCAGUGGACAUUCAAAGAGGGCGCGAUGUCGGCCUAAAGCCUUAUACUAAGAUGAGAGAAUGGUGUGGUUUAUCAGAAAUAAAUUCAUUUGAUGAUUUACUAAGUUUUUUAAAUUUUGACGACGUCGAAACACUCAAAGAUCUGUAUGCGACUGUGGAUGACAUUGAUCUACUCGUGGGAGCUUUACUCGAACCGCCAGUCGACGGUGGAACAGUUGGUCAAACUGCACAGUGCAUCUUGGCUGAUGGAUUUUAUCGUAUUAGAUACGGCGAUCGGUUCUUUGUUGAUGUGAGCGGACAACCGGGAAGUUUUUCAAUAGAUAAAUUAAGAACUUUGAGAAACCUCGACCUGGGUCAUGUAAUAUGUGCCACAACUAAAUUAGAUGAAGUGCCGAUUAAUAUUUUUCAGCCAUCAAUAUAUUCACAAAUGGUGAAAUGCAGCGAUCAUUUAUUGAGUUUGGAUCUUAGUGCUUGGAAAGAACUAUCAUAAUUCGACGAAUAUAUAAAUCAUAAAUUAGCCAUUAUAAUACUUGGUAUAGGCGAGACGUUAGUUGUAUACGAAUCAGCUGUACGUUUUCAUUUAAAAUUAUAAAUAAAUGCAAUAAAUACUGUCAUGCGAAAUA